AUGGCGCGCAGCGUGCUGGAUGACCUGGGCGAGGAGGUGACGGGCAUUGUGGCGCCCGUCAGCAUCUGCAUGGCUAUCACCCUGGCCCUGGUGCGCAUCCUCAACCCCGAGGGCGACUCAGACUCCAACAGCGUCUUCCUGGCCUCGGCAUACUAUGUGGAGCAGGAGGGCGACAGCCCGGGCCAGAAGCUCAGCGGCGCCGUGGUCAACGCGCUCAUCUUUGUGGGGGUGGUGGCGGCCAUGACCUUUGCGCUGGUCCUGCUGUUCAAGCAUGGGUACGUGCGAGUCAUCUAUGCGUACAUGGGCUUUGCCGGCUUCAGCAUCUUCUUCGUGCUCACCGGCCUCAUCUCCAUCCAGCUGCUCCAGAAGGCCGCCAUCCACACAGACUUCAUCACCUUCACCUACAUACUGCUCAAUUUUGCAGCGGUGGGCUCCCUCACCCUCUUCUUCUUCCCGGCGCCGCUGCUCAUGAAGCAGUGCUACCUCAUCGUCACAGGCGUUGUCACCGCCUACGUCUUCACCUGGAUCCCGCCCUGGACCACCUGGACCCUGCUGGUGGCCAUGGCGGUGUACGAUGUGGUGGCGGUGCUGGUGCCGGGCGGGCCGCUCAAGAUGCUGGUUGAGCUGGCGCAGGAGCGGGAGGAGGCGCUGCCUGCGCUGGUGUACGAGGCGCGGCCCGUGAGGCGCCAGCCUUCGCAGCCGCGCUCCCAAGAGGGAGAGGGAGAGGGCCGGCCAGAGGGCGGCAGUGCCGCGGGGCUGGGCGACACAGAGCUCCCGCCCCGGCCGGCGCCGCCGCCGCAGCAGCCGCAGCCGGCGCCGCAGCCGCUGCUGCAGCCUGGUGAGAACGCCGUGCCGUCUGGCAGCGGCAGGGGUAUUAUCCACCCUGGCGGCCGCCUGCGAGCGGCAGCAGGGGAGGUGGAGGUGGAGGUGGAGGCGGAGGCAGAUACGCAGGCGCUUCUGGGGCCUCCUGCCCAGAGAGGGGUGGGGGUGCCUGGCCAGUCUGGCGGCUACGGCUAUGCUGCUGAUGAGGAUGAUGAGGAUGAGGAUGCCUUUGCGCUGCCAGACAGCAUCAAGCUCGGCCUGGGCGACUUCAUCUUCUACUCCAUCUGCCUCAGCCGGGCCGCGUUCUCGGGCUGGGCCGCCGCCUUUGCCACCUACCUGGCCAUUCUGGCGGGCCUGGGCUGCACGCUGCUGUGGCUGGCGGUGGCGCGGCGUGCGCUGCCCGCGCUGCCCAUCUCCAUCGCCCUGGCCGUCGCCUGCUUUGUGCUGGCCAAGGCGGUGAUGGAGGCGGUGGUGCUGCCCGCCAGCCUGGCGCUCGUCUACUUCUAG